UUGGAUCGUGAUAUGGUUCUGGACAGAGGUGAAAGAUCAGUACGAACCUUUAAAAGACCAUCAUCUGCUUUUGUACCGCCGUUUAUUGAGACUACUGAUCGAGGUGAGAACGACUGUGCGGAAAAUUGCCACGUUGCUGAUGAUACAUCCUCAAAUAAAGUCACUGCAUCAGCUCAACUCAUCGUGUUUCAUUACAUCAAUUCAUUAGGCGCAUCGCAAACCCUCUAA